AUUCACUCUUCACGUAUUUCCAACAGACUCAAGGUUCAGAGGCUACGACUUUAAUGACUGACCGACGUCGAACAUCUCUGCCCUACCAUGGCUGACGAAGGAAGGUCUCAGCGACAUCUCGGUUCGUACUACGUCGGAGCAGCUGCGCAAUGCUCAGCCAUGUCCUGACAAGCACCGCUUCCCACCCGGCAGGUUUCCAUGAGCGCUGGUCCCUCACGCGUGACAAUGUAGGCGCUCCGCCUAUACUCGUCUUCAUCGCAGAGUCUGAGGAUUCGCUCCGCAGCAAGACGGUGAUCAGGGAGCGUCUGUCAAACCGCGUUCAUUUGCUCCUCCAGGCGUACCCUCUGCUCUCUUGCUGCGUAGCUGACGCUCGAACGCGGAGCCCUGCAUUUGUACAGAGGGAAGUCUUGGCUGAAGAAGUCUGUAGCUUUUCAGCUUCUGAGAGUGCUACAAGCGCUUCGAGGCUCUUCUCAGAUCGCUUCAAUCGGCCUCAAAGCUUCGAUGUGCAAAAGGGGCCUCUGUGGAAGGUCGACAUCGUUGAGGACGAGGCCCCGGGAGCUUACUUUGUGGUCAUGACUGCUCAUCACUCCAUGGUGGACGGACGAGGAGCGGCAAAUCUCUUCCAAUUACUCCUCAGCGCUGAAGCUCUCCCGGAAGAGGGAAGACUGCUCGGAUUGCCCCCGCGGUCCGAGGAUGUAAUAGCAAUGGCACCCUCGUGGUCGUACAUCCUGCCGAAAGCCUUCUUCGGCCUGGUUCUGCCACGACUGCCUGCUCUUCUCCGGCACUAUCUCACACCGAAGCGUCCGUGGCUGUGCGAUCGAGCAGUUUUGGCAUCACCUCACGGUGCACACAAGCGCACAGAAGUCAUACAUCUCCCUGGAGCUUCACCUACCCUUCGACGACUCGCCGCUUCUCACGGCGUGACGACCAUCAACAGUGUCUUGCACUCGGCCUGUCUCGCCACAUGCUUUGCGCUAGCAGGCUCGUCGACCUUACCCAUGUAUCUCGAUUCAGCGACGCCCAUCAGCGAACGCAGCCCGGCAACAUGCACACCUUGCACCGGCAACUUCGUGGCUCUCUUCGAGUGGCGUGGUAGUAUUAAAGCAGAAACGUCAUUCUGGGGAAUCGCUAAAGAGUAUGGGGCGAGCAUCGUCUCAUCAGCUGAGCGCACUCGAGCUAGAUAUGCAAUCGGUGCCUUAGCAUUCCUUCCUAAUUCGGACGACUGGCAGAGCACGCCCGAGAGACCUACGCAGUGGGAAGACUACCUUCUGACAAAGGCGCAUGAUAGCACACCAUUUGGGGCCACUUUUGAGCUAUCCAAUCUAGGCAAAAUUUAUGCACCAGACUGGGUCAGCAGAGUGACUUGGGCGCAGAGGCCAUCGAUCGCCUCCACACCCCUGACUGUUGACGCUUGUGGCCGAGGAGACGACAUCUGCCUAUGCAUCGGGUCUAGCGAGGGCGUUCUCGAACCCGAGUUGGCGGCCUUUGCUGAAUCUUUGGAGCGAGUGAUCAGACGAAUUCUGAGCUUGAAAGAGCUCCAAAGCCCUACCUUGGGUGAUCUUGCCCAACCGUAGAAAUUCGAGACGUUGGCAUAGCUGCCACCGGCGGCUGACGACCGGAGAGGCAGAUGGACGCAUCGCCUACUCUCAAGCUCAGAGAGAACCUACAUGUCA